UUUUCCCCUAGGCCCCAUCGUUGACCAUGACCGAAGGUUUCACCUAUGUUAUAGAUAGAACACAUGGAAGACGACGAUGAAGUCUCCAAAACAGUUCCUCCAUGGGUCGACCUAGAAUACGCGCGGAUCUCAUGUAGCACAUGCGAACCCUUGCAGGUCCUGGAUCUCGCGUAUACUUCACGAAUUUAUCCAAAACAUCUGCACAAACCCUCCAAUCCAAGUUCGCAUCGUUUGAAAACACAGGAGAUUCAGAAAAGCAAGCAGAAGUCUCAUGUCGAACACUAGGAAUUCUAGAAAUCAUCAAACAAGAAUUUCAUGGAUCGUUGGGAAAAGUUUGCUUGUUAGAUCCCAAAGCCGAGAAAGAACUUUCUCCAGAGGACGGUGACGGAAGAUUCCAGUGGUUCCUGUUCGGAGGGAUUCUAGGUGACGACCCUCCACGAGACCGAACAAGCGAAUUGCGAGUUUUAGGAAUUCCUUCUCGCCACCUUGGUUCCGUUCAAAUGACGACGGAUACUGCGCUCGGAGUCACUAAGCGUGUCGUGCACGAUAAAGUUCCACUAGACAAAAUAGAAUACAUCGAUUUCCCGAAUAUCACAUUCAACCGCAAGGAGAGUGUAGAAAUGCCAUUCAGAUACAUGGUAGAAGAAUCCACUCGCGAACCACUCCUCCCACCUGGGAUGCGGAAACUGCUUCAUGAAGAUCUCAACAAAAGCUUUGAUUUCUAA